AUGAACAUCGAUAACAGAAAGAGUGAUGCUUCUCUUUCAAGAAAAGAUGAGAAGGAGUAUGCGCUCAAGCAAAUUGAAGGUACAGGGAUAUCCAUGUCGGCAUGUAGAGAGAUAGCACUUUUGCGAGAACUGAAACACCCUAACGUGAUUGCAUUACAGAAGGUGUUCCUUUCUCACAGUGAUAGAAAGGUGUGGCUGCUAUUUGAUUAUGCUGAACAUGAUCUGUGGCAUAUUAUCAAGUUCCACCGUGCCUCAAAAGCAAACAAAAAACCCAUGCAGCUGCCAAGAUCUAUGGUCAAAUCACUACUUUAUCAGAUUCUUGAUGGAAUCCAUUAUCUCCAUGCAAACUGGGUGCUUCAUAGAGACCUAAAACCAGCAAACAUUCUGGUAAUGGGAGAAGGACCUGAAAGAGGAAGAGUCAAAAUAGCUGAUAUGGGCUUUGCAAGGUUAUUCAAUUCUCCUCUGAAGCCACUGGCAGAUCUGGAUCCAGUUGUGGUAACAUUUUGGUACAGAGCCCCAGAACUGUUACUUGGCGCAAGGCACUAUACAAAGGCCAUUGAUAUAUGGGCUAUUGGCUGCAUAUUUGCAGAGCUUUUGACUUCUGAACCUAUCUUUCACUGUCGCCAGGAAGACAUCAAAACAAGCAAUCCUUUUCAUCAUGAUCAGCUUGAUCGCAUAUUCAGUGUAAUGGGAUUUCCUGCAGAUAAAGACUGGGAAGACAUAAGGAAAAUGCCAGAAUAUUCUACACUUCAAAAAGACUUUAGGAGAACAACGUAUGCCAAUAGUAGCCUCAUAAAAUAUAUGGAAAAACACAAAGUUAAGCCUGACAGCAAAGUAUUCCUUUUGCUUCAAAAACUUCUCACUAUGGAUCCUACAAAAAGAAUUACCUCAGAGCAAGCUUUGCAGGAUCCUUAUUUCCAGGAAGACCCACUUCCUACAUCAGAUGUGUUUGCUGGCUGCCAGAUUCCUUAUCCAAAACGAGAAUUUCUUAAUGAAGAUGAACCUGAGGAAAAAGGAGAUAAGAAUCAGCAGCAGAACCAACAUCAGCAGCAAACAGCACCUCAACAACAGCAAGCAGCACCUCAACAGCAGCAGCAACAAAAUAGUACCCAAACAAAUGGAACUGCAGGGGGAGGUGGAGCAGGAGGUGGUGGCCCUGGGGCAGGUCUCCAGCACAGCCAGGACUCCAGCCUCAACCAGGUGCCUCCAAAUAAGAAACCACGUUUAGGGCCUUCAGGCACUAAUUCAGGCGGGCCUGUUAUGCCUUCAGAUUAUCAGCACUCCAGUUCACGCCUGAAUUACCAAAGCAACAUUCAGGGAUCUUCUCAGUCCCAGAGUACAAUGGGCUAUUCUACAUCAUCUCAGCAAAGCUCUCAGUACCAUCAAUCUCACCAGUCUCACCGGUACUGAAGAGGCCUCAUAGACAUCGUUAGAAAGAAAUGGACAGUCAAAGGACUCCAGCAAUAUGAAGUUCAUAAACAGUGAGAAGAACCAAAAAAGCAAACUGUGAUACAGAUUUUAAAAUUGCAGUUGUAAAAGGAAAACUUUUAUUUACUAAUUGUUUUCAGACAAGAGACAAUUCCUAUCCCUUAUUGCCAUAAAGGAGAUUCUUGUGAAGUUUCCCCUCAGCUUGCUCUCGCAUGUGUUCCAUUGUGGUUACUCGAAUGAAACCGUCUGAUCUGAAUCCAGCACUUAAUCAUCUUUAUCUUGUGGAAUUUUUGAAGGAUUCCUGCACCUUUCUUGUGUUUUAGUAAUUGUCAUAAAUCUUUCUUUUUUCAAAUCCCUUUACCAGAGUUUUAAAGUUUUUGAAAUCUUGAAUUCCCAGGCUUUUCAAGCUUGUAUAUAGUUAGUUUUUUACUAGGCAAACCCGUUUUAGCUAUACAGGUAUAAUGCACCUUUUAAAAGCACUAUGUUGUUUUCACAGGAUAUUACUGUUUUGAUCAUGGAUGUCAAGAACAGCAAAUUUUACUGUUCCAGAGUAUUUUAUUAUUCUCUUUUUUUAUUAGUCUAGUUUUCAGAUGAAGUCUUUAAAAAAAAAAGAAAAGAAAAAAUAUACAACCCAAGUCUCUGCAGCAACUAUUGCAUGUUCUAUGUUUGGACAGAACACCAAAACCAGAAGGUUAUGAAUGUUAGUUUUAUCUUUUAGAUGAAAUCCCAUAGACCAUUGGCCAUUUUGUUCCAUGGGUUGGGUUGACUUUAACCUGGUCUGACAGAAAAGUGAAAGCAAAUAUUGUUUUGGCUCCCAUAGAAAAUCAGUGUACUAUGCUGUCUUCUCUAGCAGUUAUCUGUAUUUUGGAACUCUGUCCUAGGACUUUGGCAUAAGUGGGGAAAAGGGCAAAUAAAGAAACUGCUGCUAUUUUGGGUGUGUGUGUGGAGGGGGGGAUCUUUUGAUGCAGCCUUCCUUUUGAGUUUUGAUAUUCCUGAAACUUGCAGCAAAAAAGUCAAAAAGUGCUGUGGCACCUUAAGAGAUGAACAGUUAUAUUGUAGCAUGAGCCUUUGGAAGCAGUAGCCUACUUGCAAGAUAGUUUGCAGCCAUGAAUCUUGACAGCUUGUGGGGGCUAUUCAUUGUUCUGACAGAUCAAAGAUUUAAAGAGAAUUUAUUGAACAGUGACUUGAUGUUUAGGCUUCUCAUGUAUAAAAUGCAUAUUAUAUUGCCUUGCUACUUCUAUAGUUAACCCAGAUUGGUUAUGCCAGGUAAAACUGGCUAUACGGAGUUGUUUAUUUUUUCCUGAGGUAUGAACAUUGUGAUGAUACUGAAGGAAUGUUGGUGUACUGGACAGUCUCCUAGCAAAGGAAAUUCCAGAGCUCAUGAGCAUGUGAACGGGCAGAUCAUUGUCUACAUUUUGUGAUCACAGGAAACAUGCAACUUGAGGCAGUUACCUUUUUCUCAGAGGUUCAGAAUCAUAACUUUAUUCUGGGCUGUGUGUAUUCUGCAGUUCAGCACAGAAUUCAACAUGUUAUAAAUCUGAACACCCCCCCCCCCCAAAGGGUAGCUUUUCACCAUUAAGGUAAUGCUAAUAAGCUUGAAAGUUUAUAAGUGGUGUAUAGUGGAUCUUCUGAAGGUUAGACAAUGGAGCUAAACAGCAUUUUUAGGUUGGCUGAUCUUCACUUACCAGAAACUGCUUUUUCUCACAGUGACUAGGAAAAGUAGAAUACAAAUUGUUCUAAUUUACAGUAUUUAUAAAGGUUUCAGAAAUCAGUUUCCCUUAGGGUUGCCAUGGAGACAAAUGUCUUGCACCUUUAAUGGAGAUUUAAUGUGGGGAGAUCGCCAGUUUAAACUUUUCGUGGAGGUAAAUAAUAACUCAUUAAGCUUCUGUCAAAGGAGCAGGAUAUUCUACCUCCCUACCCGCCAUGCCAGUUGUUAGCAGCCAUAUUCUUCCUCCAUGCAAAAUUUGGAUUAGUUUGUUGGAGAGUUUUUUCCCCCACUGCAGAGUAUGCACAGUCUUGACUUCAUUGCACUAAAGGAGAAGGUAUAUAAGCAACAUCCAGUACUUUUAAGAAAAGAGAUACAGGAAGGAGAUAGUUACUUAUGUAAACAUUUGUGGGUAUUUACUCUGUAAAGAAUGAGCUUAUGCCACCUGCUGUGUUUAGUUUUGAAUUGACAGUAGACUCAUAGACAAAAAUACUGAAUAUUUUGCACUAAGAUUACAUUAGUAACUAGCAAAAUGGUAGGCCGGUUUACUUGGAGGGCAAACUUUCUUUAAUCCCUAGAGUAGUAAAGGUAUCAUAGCGUAUGUUCCCAGUCCACUUUAAAGAGCAACUCCAGGGUAAGAUUGGCCAUAUUAGUCACAGGCACUGUUCAUUUUGCCAUUGGCACCAGAUGGCUUCCUGGAGAGAGCCAAAAGAUCAGAGGAUGUACAGAACGGAGGGAGAAAAUAAAAGAAAUUCUAUUUAAGGUAAAACUAACCCCUUGAAUAUUUUUGUUCAGUUUUAGUCCUUGAAAUACAUUGUAUGUCUGAAAUACUUCUGCUGGAUGGAACUCAAGUUAGUUUUGUACAAACUUCCAGUCAAACUCCUGCAGCUCCAUGUUACAAGUUUAUCAUCUGUGGUUUUUCUGAACCUGAGGUCAAUAUAGGGUAGCAGCUUAAACAUUGACUUAUAUUUUGACUGGUUUUUGUUUUCUCCUUCUGUGGCUCUGUCCCCCAGUUCACUGUUACUUGUAAUCCAUCAUCCAGCUAAAUACACCAGAUUGCAGUUAUGUUGUCACUGGGAUUUAAGCAUGCUUAGUUGAGCCUCUCUUUGGUGGGCUGUCCUGUGCUUUGGUAAGCUCUGUCCAAAUGUCAGUUCCCCUGCAUGGAGUAUUUAAACCUGUGUUUAAAUGUGCUUUAUUUCCAUGAGCUUCCAAUUCCCUAGAAUGAUGGCCAUGAUUAUUGUCUGUAGCGACAAGUUGUGUGCAUUUUAGCUGGAAAUAAAUUGCUUGCGAUGCUCCAUUUCCCUGCAGUGUCUGUGCACACAAAAUGGCCUUCCAAAUAAGCAUUGACAGGGGACUAGAUGAAAGUAUAGGUUUACAUUUUUAAAAUGUUUACUGCACUCUUUCCCUAUUUGUAUUUUAGCUUUUGGGCCUUUUAUGAUGAGCUAUAUGUGUAUAAUAAGAUAAGCAUCUUGUGUAUUGCAGGGCUAAGUGAGCCAAGCUGAGGUAGCUUUGUUUCAGGGGAAUUUUUGUGAAUCAAAACUGUUUCAUGUAAAGUUAAUCAUAUGUUGUAUGUUAUGGAAACACAGGAGGACCCACAGAUUUUCAUAAGCAUGCAGCUCUGCUAACUAAUUCUGACUUGUGUAGGCAGCUUUAAUAUCGUUUGCAGUCUCUUUUUUCUGUCACGCUGACUCCACAAAGUGAAUGCUGAUGUCAUUCUUGCUACUGUGGGAGGCAGUGGUUGGUUGACUCCAUUUGACAUUGUUUCUCUUCAUGUUUUUUUUAAAGAAGCAAGAGAAAUAGGCUUAGCACAAUAUAGAUGAAAUCUAUUAUAGCAUAGGCUGCAUAAUGAAGGAAGAAUCUUGUGAAAACUGCAAGUCCUGCACUGUAUCUGUGACACUGUAUCUUUGGUGGGGGCUGGGGCGGGGGUGGGGGGGUGGGUAAGGAAGAUGGGAGGGCAUCCUGAGGCUGGGCAGGUGGAAGCUUGAAGUAUUUGAUUAUGUAUAAUAUUUUAUAUAAACAUAAUAUGCUCUAGUUUCCCUUCAUAAUCUUCAGUGAUGGUACUUAAGCAACAUUAAGCAAAGGUAAUUGUAGUAGGAUAAAGUAAGCAUUGUACAUAAGACCAUGUGUAAUCUCAACAUUUUGCCACACCGGAACGAUGUGUAUUGCUUUAUGGGGAAAAAGUCAUUAAUGCACUGUUAUCUCCUAAAUAUUUAGCAGUAAAUUAAUACUAUUUAAUUUUUUUAAAGAAAUCUGUCUUGUGUAGACACUAAAAAGUAUUACACAAUGUGGACUGAAGAUGUCCCUUUUUAACAGCAGUUUAAAUAAUGUUUUAUAUCUGUAAUUUAGUGUACUUUUUGAAUUGUUUAGAUUGCAUUUUCUCACAUUAUCUAUUCGUGGAAGUGUGGCUGACUUUUCUUUUUGAUAUAAUUUCACAUAGUCAUAUUCCAUUAUUGUAGAGGUUUUUGGUUACCUAGUUCUGCACCCUCUCAUAUGCUGUUUCAUUUGGUCAGUGGUAACCCAUGUGAAACAGUGUAUUCUAUGGUGACUGAUAGGGUUUGCAAAACACCAUGCAAACUUUCCUAAUGCAGAUUUGUUUUCUAUUUUGUUUACGUUUGAAGGGAUAUUUGAGAUGGAAUAACUACAUUUUAAGUGUAACUCUAUCCCCAAUGAAAUCAGCAUACUGAGUCCUCAUACAUUCCUUCCUGCCCCAUGUUUUGAUUUGUGGAGGUCAGAAAGGUUAGUCAACUUGAAUCAGAUGGUUGUAUUGGUGGUGCAAGAGUAAAAGGUUUGCAUCUGAUGUUAACUACCCAACUUGCUCCGUAAGUGAGGGGUGGGGGAAGUCUGGCUUCCUAGUUCCUGCCACCAUCUAAUCACCUCUUCAUUUGACCUGUUGGAGCAACGGUAGUUGUGCUCAGUAACUGGUUAUGAGAAGCAACCAGACAAAUAGGUUUUGCAUCUACUGUUUUUAAUAUGUCAUCAUAUUGCUCUUGGAAGACUGUUAUGCUUUCAUUCUUUGUGUAUAUUUUUUAUUCUAGGUUGUAAUUAAAUUGAAUUGCUUCAGUGUGAAUUUUUAAUAAAAAUACUAUACAUUUGUAAUAAUAAUAAAAAGUUGAAGUCUAACCCCUU